CAGCAUCCAAAGAUGAUCUUACUUGCGCGAGAUACGCUUCUUUGGGAUUAGUAUCCAUAUUUCUGCGAAUGAACCUUUGCUCAUUCGGGCUGCGUCAACGCCACUAAUCGAACUUCAGGUAUCCGAGCAACUCCUGUUGCUCAAAUCAUGUGAGGGGUUCCUCAUUGGCAACUCUGGUGUACCCGGCUUCUCUUGUAAACCGCAGCUUUUCAUUGCUGAUAACAACGGCACCUGCUCAUGUGCUCGAAUGAAGUAGCCAGGCCGAAAAUCGCUCAAAUGACCGAGAGAGCACUCCACCAAAGGAAGCCCAAGGCGCUCCGGCAGCCGGCUAGAGAAUUUGCGCCAUCCUUCGAGGCAGGGAGUCCAUUAAAAAUUCACGAUGCCAGGAAUCAGAGCAUCGCGCAAGCGAACAAUCUUCUGGAAACUACACCAAACAGCAAAAGGUCGUGGGCACACAAGCCUGUGCAGCGGAAGAGACAAAAGCUUACGGCCCCAGAGCAGUUGACCUCAAUUCAGAGUGAUGGGGACGUGUGUGGUAGUAAUGACUCCCGACAGGUUGGUAUGGCAUGUUCGAAUGAGCGUCGCGCUCAGUCUCGCUCUGCCUUCUCUGAUGCCACUGCUGCUGCGGUUGGGAACGAAAAGAAUGAUAGUCACCAUCGGUCUUCCAGCAUAUCGUCCCUCGUGGCAGGUAGUUCAAUUCCUCCGUCUCUGGCGUCGGGUGCUCAGAUUAAGUCUGAUUGCCAAGCACCGGUACACUCGCUAAGCAGAUCGCCAACUUUAAGUCAUAUUUCACAAACUAGGGACAGAUCUGAAGGAAAUAUGCCGACAGUUUUAUAUCAGCAACGAGUGAGGCCAACGCGAAGAAGGCUUGUUGAUUCCUUAAGUGCGGCAGAGUCAGUCCUGAAUGAGGUAUCCGCCUCCGCCUCCGAAACCCGUGGCGCCAAUACAUCUUCCGUCCCAGGACUCUUUCAAUCAGAGGCUAGACCUUUGCAAUCGGACCAAUUUCGGGAUCAACAAGGUCCUGUCCAGUCCCCAAGCAAUGACAGGGAGACAGGAACAUCAGCAUCAAGCACUCUUUUACGUUCCAGGAUAACGUACGCUCGCCAACGCUCGUUCUUAGGAAGUACCUUGAACACUUUUGACUCUGAAUUACAUGGCGCCUCGGCUGCAGCUUUAGACGAUGUGGAAGCUGGGGGUUCAUCUGCCCCCCUCAAUCAUCGCAGUACACGUUUGUUGUCUGCCGACGGCGAGGAACACGGCCGGCCUGUCCGUAGCAUUCAUGAGCUGAGGCAGGCUGGGGACAAUGCUCGCUUCCAAGAGUCGGUUGAAGCACUAUUCGAUGAUUUUGAAGAGCCGGGUAACACGGUUUCCGAGAGAUGCAAUGGGCUCAUUCAGCUGUGUUCGAAGCUACUCAAACCCGACUUCAUACAUCGAUUCUCGGAAUAUGGCUUUGAUGAACGACUAGUUAAAAGUCUUGCGAGCGAUCUAGACAUUAUCUCAUUAUGUCUAGCACUGUGUGCCUAUAGAUUGGUCUGUCUCAAAGGGGUAUAUUUGCACUCAAAUUUGGGAACAUUUUGGACAACUCUGGUCGACAAAUCUUCGUUACUGCUAGCAGUGGAAGACGAUAUAAUUUCCUUGGCAGGCGAUCCGCGAUUGCAUGUUUCAAGAGCCGUGCAAGCGUCACUCAGGGAUCUCAUUCCACGAUUGACAGCUUCGAUGUUCUCCGAAAGCCCGACACUGAGACUUUCUCCACGUCUAGCCAUUCUUUCCUGCAUUAGCGUUUGCUUGUCAGCAUUUCAAGACAAGUCUCAACCUAUACAGUCAAUGCCUCGGUCUUUGCUAGAUAACCUUAUUGCGCUUCUGCGUCCAAACAGUGGUAAAGUCACAGCAUACCCUCUAUCCUACGACGACUUUCAGACAAAGUCAAUAACUCUUCUUGUUCUGGAGAGUUACAUAAUGCUUUCAGCAACCUCAGGCUGCGAGUACGAUGGUCCUUUCCGCAAAUUAAUCCUAAUGCAUGAUGACUUCGUUCGCCCUGCCCAGGGUGACCAAGGCCGACGAAUCUUGACGUUAUAUUUGAGGGUCGUACUAAACCUCACCAACAAUGAUCCUCUGGCGUGCGAGCUAUGUGCUGCACCUGAAACAAUCACCGGAUUUGUUCGAAUCAUUACAACUGAGCUUUCUGAUGUGUCUGCUAUCGUCGGCUUCAGUGAGCACGAGUCAUUCAACCUCGUCAUCUUGGCUCUAGGUAUUCUUAUAAACCUGGCAGAACAGAGCGAGAGGUGCAGAGCCUCCUUUCUUGUGCCAAUACAUGACUCGCAUCCAGCCCUUGGGACACUUGUACAUCAGUUUUCUCUCAGCAUCGACCUCAUCAACCAUGCAAAUUCACUUUCCGAGUCACAUAUGAAUGUUGCUGUCGGGUACUUGUCAAUACUGUUAGCUCUUCUCUGUCUUCUUAAGGAGGCAUACUUUCGAGUUCAGGAACUGCUGAUGGAAUGUGGUAAGGAGAUCGCCUCGGUCAUUUCAACAGCGAAAGAAUUUUUGCUAUAUCAUCAGAAAGUCGAAAGAGACUCACGACUCGGCGAAUUUCAAAACCGUGACAACACAUCCACGACACGUUUGGCACAUAUCAUAGAGCAGAUAAGCCAACCGUAGAACAAACCCGUUACCAUAGUGACAACACCUUCAUUCACCAUAGCUAGAUACUGUUUUAGCACCACGGUAUCGAAUGGUGUACGGAUUUCUAAUGAUAGAGUAAUUGCUCGGUACCAUCUUCAACUAAUGUGUAGUUCUCUCACG